AUGAAGUUCGCUGCUGCCCUCGCUUUCGCCGCCGGCGUCUCUGCCUACGCCAAGGGCAACGUCACCUACACCACCGAGGUCGUCACUGCCUACACCACCUACUGCCCCGGCCCCACUGAGAUCACCCACGGCGGCAAGACCUACACCAUCACUGAGGCCACCACCCUGACCAUCACUGACUGCCCUUGCACCAUCACCAAGCCCGUGAUCACCACCUCCGCUGUCGUCUGCCACGACUGCCCUGCUCCUCCCCCUGCCAAGGGCGGCAACUCCACCUUCGUCCCCGUUGUCCCCACUGGCACCGCUCCCGGCAAGCCUGGCAAGCCCGAGGGCCCCGUUGCCACUCCCACCGGUGGUGCCCCCGAGGAGGUCCCCACUGCCGGCGCCGGCAAGGUCGCCGCUCUCUCCGGCGCUGGCCUCGCUGCCGUCGUCGGUCUCGCUGCCUUCCUGUAA